ACGACUCCCCCCCCAUCGUAUUAUUUCGCCGUGCUUUUUCUCGCGGUGGUGUGGGCUGGACGAGUGCUCUUCUUUUCCUUACGACGACAAGCAUUGGCGAUUGACGCGGCCCGCUCAUCAUGUACAGAGCAGCUCCAUAUGCACAGCGGAGCCAAGAAGGCCUAGCGAAAUUCGGGCCGCAUUCGGGCAACAACAACGCGACGCCCCUCGUUGUCGCCGUGAUACGUUUUCGACCAGAAUCACGACACUGUUACUUGAGUCCGUCCCCUCCCCAUCCUCCCAUUCGAAAACCCUCUACAUAGCUAGACUCAAUAUUUUCGUUGGAAAUUGCAAGUGGACACAAAUUCGGUGCGGUGCCUCGGCCGCCACUUCUCUUUUGUCUCCCUCGCCGCUUCAAUCAUACAAAAUGAAAGCGACACUUUCCGACCUGUCAUUAUUUAAGGAACUUCGAGACCACCCGACGCCAGGUUCUCUCGGUGUGUGCUACUACAGACACCUACACAAGGGCGUACACAGGCGUUCGCGAAGUUCACACCUGCUGCAUGGAUCAUACGUGGAGGCAUUCCGUCAGGCAACAAUACGACCGAACAUGCGACGAAGUUGGGGUAUUCUCGCUACAUUCUUCGAGCAAGGGGGAGAUACCCGUGUGGUGGGUGGGUGUUACCUGUCUGUUUGCUACGACACUGCACUCAAACGUCUC